ACCCGGCUUCCUCUCAGAGCUUGCUCAUAUUUGAACCCUGCCUGCUUCACCUUCACGCCUCAACUUCUACAAAAAACACCAACAAUGACAUCUCAAGUCACACUGCUGCUCAUCUGCAUGCUUUUCUCCAAAGCACUGUCACUGACUUGUCAUCAGUGUCUGCCAUCAACGUCUGGAACAUGUACCAGUGAACUGAUAACCUGUUCAGAUCAGUGUCUCUCUACAACCACUGCUGUGUACAUGAGUGGUACAAAGGUUACAGAUGUUAAUAUUAAGACUUGCGGACUGCCAGAACUGUGUGCAAGCGGGAGCCUAAACCUGGGAACAGUAAAAGUGACCAGCAAUUCCAAAUGCUGCAGCACUAACCUCUGCAACACAGAAACACUACCAGCUCUUCCACAGCAGGCUCCCAACGGGCGAAUGUGUUACGCCUGUGACACUAACAGCUGCUCAGCAAAAGUGAGCUGUGAAGGAGAUGAAGAUCGCUGUAUCACUGCAUCAGUUCAACAAGGGAGCAACACUGUGUCCAUGAAAGGAUGUGUAUCCAAGAGCCUCUGCAUCGCGUCUGGAUCAUCAAGCGUACCAGGACUCGGCAUAUCGAAGGUGCAGUGCUGUGAGGGGAAUCUGUGUAACGGUGCUGAGAGCUUCACACUGAGUUUCCUCCUCAUGAUCGUCCCUCUGCUCUCCUCCAUCCUCUUCUACCGUCACACCUCAACUUCUACAAAAACACCAACAAUGAUGUCUCAGGUCACACUGCUGCUCAUCUGCAUGCUUUUCUCCAAAGUGCUGUCACUGACUUGUCAGAAUUGUGUGUCCUUAUUAUCUGGAACAUGUGAAAAGACAGUAUGUCCAGAUCAGUGUGCCACAGUGACCACUUCUGUGUACAAGAGUGGCACCAAGGUUCAGGAUUUUAAUAUAAAGUCUUGCAGCAUGGCAGACGAGUGUGUAAGUGGCAGCAUGAACCUGGGAGUGGUGAAAGUGAGAGUCAAUUCCAAAUGCUGCAGCACUGACCUCUGCAACACUGAAACACUGCCAGCUCUUCCACAGCAGGCUCCCAAUGGGAGAAUGUGUUACACCUGUGAUGCUAACAGCUGCUCAGGAACAGUGAGGUGUAGAGGAAAUGAAGAUCGCUGCAUCAGUGUAUCAGUUAAACAAAUAAGCAAAACUAUGUCUCUGAAAGGAUGUGUAUCCAAGAGUGUCUGCGCUGUGUCUAGCUCAACAAGUAUGGCAGGAAUCAGCAUAUCACAUUUGCAGUGCUGUGAGGGGAAUCUGUGUAACGGCGCUGAGAGCUUCACACUGAGUUUCCUCCUCAUGAUCAUCCCUCUGCUCUCCUCCAUCCUCUUCUGAGCUCUCUACUGAUGGAGCAGCUCAUUUUAUUGGUUUGCCUUACUGUUAACUGUGGUAUAGUGCCAUUCCAAGCAAAUGUAUCAGUCAUGUCUUUCACUAUUCUUUUUUUCGGAAAUCAAUGAAGAACUCAAAAAGACUUUAAACCGUGAGCAGCAAAAUACACACAAAUAUAGAAACUAUUAGUAAACUGAAUUUUUUAUUUUUAUUUUUUUUAAAUUGCAGC